AUGAUGUUCACGGAUCCACUAUACGAAGAACAAUUACGAUCGUGGUCCUCACCUCCAAAUAUGUUGAUCCCGGAGGCGUGGGCGCAAGGAUUCACGGGAAAAGGAGUUGCCGUAGCAGUGCUGGACGACGAAGUGGAUUCAGGCCAUGAAGACCUCAUAGCAUCACAUGGUACUCGCUGCGCAGGAAUCAUCGCUAUGGCAGCGAACAACUCAAAAUGCGGUGUCGGUGUAGCUCAUCAGUCUCGAAUUGGAGGAUUGACAGUGCUUGCCGAAAAUCAAUUCCUUAAUGACGCUGUUGAAGGAGAUGCACUCGCAUACAAAAGUGAUCGCAUUGACAUUUACUCAGUCAGUUGGGGACCAAAGGAUGAUGGUCGAUCUGCUGAGCGACCAGGAUUCUUAGCUCAAAGAGCAAUCGAGUUUGGCGCCGUUCAUGGUCGAAAAGGGCUUGGCUCUCUUUACGUGUGGGCUAGCGGAAAUGGUGGCCUGCAAGAAGAUGAUUGCGCUAUGGAUGGAUACGUUAGCAACCUACAUACGCCUGCUAAGGCUUCGACAUUUGAGGAUCGCGAGUGA